AUGAGCCAACUUUGUUUUUUGAAAAACAGAACGGACUUAUGGCGAAGAGUAGGAAAAUCCAGUCCCAUCGACAACGAUGCGAAUGGAACGCAGCCGACAGAUACGAAAAAAAACUUCCGAGGAUCAGCCAACCACGGUGGCACGAAGAUACUGCCACACUCAAGGCACAUGUACGGAUCCAAUUGCAACCUGGCAGAGAUCAACGUUAUCAACACCGUGGGGAUGCAUGAGUGCCAGCUUAUACCAACUGCUAGUACGGGCCCCGGGGUCCGGCGGACCAAAACACGUAAUCCAAAAUUUGCCACGCCCACCACCACCGUGACCACCCAAAUGCCCAUCAUCCCCCUCGUCCUCCCACGCGCACCCCAAAACUUGGGGAUAAGGAAUCGAGGGUUCCAGUGGCUUGUUCCUAUUGGGUGGAACACGACGCAGUUGGAGAAGAAUGAGGUGCAAGACGAUCCCGAUGGUUCUGGUACCGGCCAGUCGGGCGGCGGCCCUUCGAAUAACGAGGAUGGCGAGGAAGCAGAUCUGGACGCAAGCAUGGAAGAUAUGGAUGAUGUAGGUGAGACGGGGACAGCGAGUGAAGCGGAGGAUGCGAAUGAUAUGACGGAUGAUUUUGAGGAGAUAUCGAGCAAUGCUUGA